GCCCUCGCCGCGCCGUGCCGCCGCCCCCGCGGUCAACGGGUCGCCCUCGCCGCGACGCACUACCCCUGCCAAGGGGAUCGAUACCCCAACGCGCACGCGCACCCCCACAAGGUCCUUGCGGUACACAGGGAUUAUGGACCUGAACAUGUUGCCGAGCACUACGCAUGCGCACGACUUCCACUCCGGGCUCAGCCGGGUCGUCAUGGUGCGCAAGACGGAGCAGCGGACAUUUGCUUCCACCAGGAGCGGAGAGGAACCAAAAUUUGAAACAGUUACAAGAGAGACUGUGGAGACCUUCAUGGGACACCGUCCACAAAAAGUGAUUACUUCUGAAAAGAGAGAUGUUAUCAAAGGAAUGCCACAGGAUCUACUCGCCUCACUUCCUGGCACACCUUCGCAAAAUGGAACUUCAAAAUUUCGUUCUCCUAGUGUAUCUCCAGAUAUUCCCUCACCAAAGAAAGCUGAAACGCAGCUGAGUUUACUGAAAUCAAGAUUGAAGCCUGUUAGUCCAACAACAAAUGGUGCAGCAUCAACUGAAUCUAUGGAAAGUGAUGCUGAUUUUGCAACAGAUUGUCUUAAUGCCCAUAAUGAGUACAGAGAGAAGCAUGGUGUUCCACCCUUGAGGCUAAGCAAGAAGCUGUGUAAAUACAGUGAAGAAUGGGCCAAGCAUCUUGCCCAGAAAGGUCACUCAGAACAUCGACAAAACUCUGAUUAUGGAGAAAACAUUUUCUGCAGUUGGUCAUCUAGUGGAGCUCACAAAGUCACUGGGAGAGAGCCUGUUGAUCAUUGGUACAGUGAAAUAAAGGAUCAUCCUUUUGGGAGAGAACCACGUGAUUUAAAAUCAGGGCACUUUAGCCAGGUUGUAUGGAGAGACAGCGAGGAGCUAGGAGUAGCAGUGGCACGAAGUCGCAGUGGCCAAGUUUUUGUUGUUGCAAACUAUUCACCACCAGGCAAUUUCCUUGGAAGCUUUGCUGAAAAUGUACCACCACUGGGAGGAUUCCCUAAGGACAAGGCUAAGAAGACUCCAGUAAAGUAUGGUGCUGUUGUUAAUGGAUCUGCUGUUAAUGGGAGUGCAAGUGAUGAAGACUUUGCAGAGGAGGGUCUAAGGAUCCACAAUGAGUACAGAAGAAAGCAUGGGGUACCUGAUUUGAAAUUAAGCAAAGAGUUGUGUGAAUAUGCUACAGAAUGGGCCAAAACUUUGGCAAAAGAAGAUAAAUUUUGUCAUCGCCCAGAUGGAAAAUAUGGGGAAAAUAUCUUUUGCGUGUGGUCCUCAGAUGCUGGAAAAAAUGUUACAGCACGAGAUGCCUGUCAGAAGUGGUACAAAGAAGUAAAAGAUUUUACGUUUGGAGUUGAGCCAAGAAUGCUGAAAUCAGGUCACUUUUCACAAAUGAUAUGGAGGAGCAGCAAAGAACUUGGUAUGGGGAUAGCACGCUCCAAAAAUGGAAGAGCUAUAAUUGUAGCAAAUUACAAUCCACGUGGAAAUUACAUUGGCCAGUUUGUGAGCAAUGUACCCAAACCUCUUUGAACAGUCCAUUGUAAUGAGAAUAUAAUUUAUAAGCAGUUUUGUAAGACAACUGCAAGAAUUUUCCUCUUUGUUCCAAAUGUGCAGUACAAUUAUACAUCAUUCCUCAUAGCUAAUUCAGCUAAGAUUUUUGUAAACAAAAACUUAUUUUGUGAACUGUAUGUGCAUACUGCAAGCUGUUUAGAAAUAGUACUCACAGAGCUUGCCCAUGCACUUUGCAAUUAGAAAUAUAUAUUUUUUAUCUUUCUGUUUUUAGCCAAACAGACCAACAUCAAAGUUGUCGUUUUGUGAUAUUCAUCAGUCUAAAACAUCUUAGUUCAGCAUUUAAGCAGUAGAUUAGUGUAUCAUUUUGUUAAUUUAAUGAUUAUUCUAUAUAGUUAACAUAGAUAAAAUCAAAUCAUCUCCACAGAGGACAAGUUGUUUAUCAACACUGUGGCCAUGUAUGCUUUAGGAAGUUAUUGCUCUUUUUUUUCAUGUACAUUAAAGAGCCAACUAGCAGCACUUCUAGCUUUAAUUGGAACAGAAUGCUUCCAAAACUCUUGUAACUAUCUCAGUUAACCAAAGAAUAUAUGUAUUUGAAAAUAGUACACAGUUUUCUCAAACAUACUAAAUAUUUGCAUUUGUUAAUUUUUUUGUGGUGGCAAAAGAAGUAAUGUUCUCUUGAGUACUGUCAUUUGUAAGUGUGAAGAGCAAGGACUUCUGGAAAAGUCAAACACUAUAAGAGACUGUGGAUACUAUUUCUCUGUUGUAAGAUGAUGAUGGGGAUGAAUUAAUUAUUAAAAGACUGAAGAUUAUUUGUGUUUUGGCAAACCAAAGAACAUUAUUGAAGGAUUUUGUUAUGGUUAAUGUCAGUAAUACUUUUGCAGUAGAUAAUUAUAAAAGAAGUUAUAUAUGUUGUCUUGCCAGAUAACACAUUAAAAUGCUGUCAUACAUUUGUAUAAUGUGUGAGUCUGCCACAUGUGUAAUAAUGCAGUCUGUGCUUGGAACUUUAUUUCAGUCUUUUUUCUUUAUAAAUGAUUUUAUUAGGAUAUUUUAUAGAGCACCAUACAUGUUGCUUGUUGAGCUUCUAAUUUAAGUUUUUUCCCAUUUUUUUUAAAAAGUUUUAGAGCAGUAUGCCAAGUUUAGGUGUUUACACAACCUAUAACUCACUUCAUGGAUAUUGACAAGGUGAACUGCAUUUUGAUUUAGUUACGCUUAAAGAACCACACCCGUACUCCAGAUACCAACUUCAGAACCUAGGCAGUUCCUGACCAGAAACAAUUAUAGUUUUAAAUACAGUGGAAAUCAAGAAGAAUGUUAAAAGGUGUGACUAGAUCCAAAUUCAGUCAGUUUCGAGUUUUGACUCUUGUUAAACAAUAUAUUUUACAGUUUCAAAUCUCUAUGUGUUUACCCCUGCUCGUGGCGUAUGCAACAGCCAAAAUUAUUUGUCAGGAGAAUGAGCAAUUCUAUGCUUCAGACAGCUUAUUGAUUUUACAGUGUGAACAAACAGUUCACCACUAGUACAGUACUUUAUUGCCAAGACUAUGUCAAUAUGUGUUUCAGUUGCUUGCUACAUACUUCACUUGUAUACAGAGUGAUGUGAAAACCUCUUCAACAUUUGCAGUUCUUGAUGUACACUAGAUCCCUUAAUCUAUAAUUUUUCACUGUUUUGAUUGUUCAUUUCUCAGGGAGAAAAUAUUGUGUGUGGUGUGUAUGUGUGUUUAUGUUUCUUAAGCGAUUUCCUUUCAACACGUAUUUGGUAUUUUUCAUCCUGGAGGUAGGUACUGGUCAGCCAUAAUGUCUCCCUGUAAUUAUACAGUUUUCGUUUUUAUACAGUUAUUAUUUUUUUCUGCCACUUCAUCUCUGGCCAGCAAGCAAGUUUUGACGUUUAACCUUUGCAAAUCUCAGCAACCAUAUGUCUUUUCCAUUUCAUACUGAUGUUUGAGACUGCUGUACCUGACACUAUUUGAUAUGCUUCCAAAAGCAAUAAAAUUCAACAAAAAAUUAACAACACAAGUACAUUAAGUAAAGAACAGUUUACCUGAAUUCAAGCAAGUAACAUAAAAAAUCAUAACUUUUACGCACAUUCAAUUGAAGAGAAAUAAUAAAGAUGAUUUUGUGCUAUUGACUCUCAAAACUUUUGCUGUUCAGUCCUAUGUGUCACCUAUAUUGUUGUUUUAUGAAAUGUAUAAAACAUAUUAGGUACAGAAAUUUUUCUUCUUUUAUAAAUUUUGUCUUAGUAGGCACUGAAAAUGAAGCAGUUGUGGGGAUGUAGUUUUAAAAGAGAAAGUAAAGAAUUCUAACAGUUAUUUUUGUGUGACAUAGUUUGAUCUGUGAUUGUCAAAAACACAUUCCAUGAAACAUUCUCAUAACAGUUUCUGUAUUCCAUUAUUUUAUUUUUCAGAAAUCAGACAUGUAUGGUCUUAGGUAAUUUGUAUUAGAUUCAGUAAAUUUGCUGGGAUACUAAGCUCACUCUGUAAAUAUUGUUUUAUCUAUUACUUGCAAUUUUGCUUAUAAACUGCUGAUUGGAAAUACAGUAAACAAUUUAGAAGUUAAUGAAUAAAAUAUAUUCCACUUCAAAACAAAAGUUUCAAUUUCUUGUUGAGGAUUUGGAAGACUGACUGACUGGCCAAUUUCUCAUGCACAUUCUGCUGAACUAUCAGUAAUGUAAGUUUAUGGAAAAGAUGUAAAUACUUGUAUUAUGUGUAUACAAAAUUUCUUAACUUUGUUGUCUGUUAUACUGCUGUUAAAUGAUAUUUUGUAUUUUAAGAGCCUGUACAAUAAUUUUCUCAUGUAAAUUAUUAAAGUAUUACAGAAACAGUC